UGAGUUUUUCCUCCUUCACCUCUUCACUCGUUCUGUGUGUCUGUGAGUGAACGUGACGUGGGGGGUCGCGCUCGAGUCGUAGGAGAAGAACAUGAGGCUGUGGGUCUGCGUCCUGCCCGCUCUGCUCCUCUCGCUCUGCCGCGCGCACAGCCACAAGAGGACGCCACAGAUCCACGUGAGCGAGGGGCAGCUGCUCAUCCUGCCCUGCGACCCGGCACACGGCAGCAGAAACGUGAGCUGGAGCCGAGAGGGACGCAGGCUGGACCAGAGCACGAGCCCGGGUCAGGAAGUCCAGGAGGGUCAGGAGGUCCAGGAGGGUCAGGAGGUCCAGGAGGGUCAGGAAGUCCAGGAGGGUCAGGAGGUCCGGGAGGGGCUGGAGGUCCUGGAGGGGAGGCUCUGGUUCACGCCUGUCCAGAGGAAACACAGCGGCGUUUACACCUGCACCUACAGGACCCAGUUUGGAGAGCACCAGGCACACGUGGAGGUGUCCGUGUCCAGGAAGACGUGUCCGUCGUCGGGGGAGAGAAAACUUGUGGACCAGGGAAAGACCGGGAUCAUCCCCUGUAAACUCCACGAGCGCUACUGGACCUACAACGUGAACAUGACCGGACCCACGCGCUGGAUGAAGGACUGUGCUCCUCUGCACAGACCGGGGGCCCCUGUGUGGGUGGAUGAUGAGGGGAACCUGUUUCUCCCUGGGGUCUCGUCUCAGGAUGAAGGGAAGUACAGCUGCUUCGUAGACGUCACAGUGAAGGGACGGAAAUACAGCGCCUCCUGGAGCGUGGAGGUCACACUGACCGACGGUACGACACACACACUUCAACUCAUCUUACUCUCUACUCUCAUGUACUGUGUACUUUCAUGUACUGUGUACUUUCAUGUACUGUGUACUCUCAUGUACUGUGUACUCUCAUGUACUGUGUACUCUCAUGUACUGUGUACUUUCAUGUACUGUGUACUCUCAUGUACUGUGUACUUUCAUGUGUGGUGUACUUUCAUGUGUGGUGUACUUUCAUGUGUUGUGUACUUUCAUGUGUUGUGUACUUUCAUGUACUGUGUACUUUCAUGUACUGUGUACUCUCAUUGUCUGGUGUACGUGGAUCCUCGUGUGGUUUACCCUCGAGACCAGGUUCUCCCAGUGACUCUCGGGGGCAGUGUGGAGCUGCAGUGUCGUGCAGACCUGGGCUACAGUAAAGACGAUCACACGUUCAUGUACUGGCUCCUGAACGACACACACACCAACGAGCACCCAGAACUGAGCGACAACUGGACCUAUAACAGGUGGAAUGUUAUCGGGUCCAGGUGCGGGCAGGUGCGGGCAGGUGCGGGCAGGUGCGGGCCGGUGUGGUGCUGGUGCGGGCUGGUGCGGGUGGUGUGGGUGCGGUGCUGGACUGUGCUGGUGCGGGCGGGUGUGGUGCAGAUUAAACGGUCCCAAAAGUGUCCCACAUGUGACACUGGAGACACGACGACGUCAACCGCAGCGAGCGUCUCUGUGUUUACACAAGUUGAACAAACAUGGACGCAGCAUCGAGCACCUGGAGAUUUUAAAGUUCCUCUCGUACCGGAGCCACAACAUGAACAACUGACUUGUUUUAAGGAGGAGAUUGAGAAGGAGAAGGACCAGGUUUUUGGUGGUGGUGUUUUGUGUGUGCAGGACGGCGGGCGAGUUGUGGGCGUGUCCACUCUGUCCAUCUCUCGCGUCCACGUCGGGCUCCUGGGCGUCUCGUUCUCCUGCUGCGUGGAAAAUCCUGUGGGAAAUGACCAGGGCCAACUGUGGCUCACACCAGCGGCCCCCAGUCCUCUGCCUGGGCUCCUGGGCUGGAGUCUGGGUCUGGUUCUGGUUCUGCUGCUCGUCUCUGUCUCCGUGUUCUACUGCAGAGUGGAGCUGCUGCUGCUCCACCGAGACCUGAGGGGGCGCUGCAGCACACACCACGUGACUGAUGAGAAGCUCUACGAUGGUAUGGUCACCUGCCUCUACCCUUCUGACCUGGUCUCCUCUGAGCUGGUCUCCUCUGAGCUGGACCUCUUCUGCCUGCAGCUCCUGCCCCAGCGCCUGGAGGUCCAGUGGGGCUACAGGCUGUACAUCCCCGGCAGAGACGACUGUCCUGGAGAAGCGAUGGCGGACGCGCUCUCGGACGCCGUGAGGAGGAGCCGGACUCUGCUGCUGCUGCUGCGCUCCUCCUCUUCCUCCUCCGGGCCACAGGGGGCGACGUGGGACAGCGACGACCUGCAGCCGCUGUGCUACGAGCAGAGAGUGGGACUGUACGACGCUCUGAUCAACAAAGAACUGAGAGUCGUCCUCAUCGAGAUCGGUGGACCUGUGGACUACAGCCGCCUGCCCCAGUCUGUGCAGUACCUGAGGAGGACACAGGGGGCGCUGCAGUGGAGACCCAGAGGCACACGACGCUUUCUGUGCCCAGAGAGAAGCUUCUGGAACAGACUGCGCUACAACAUGCCCCCGGUCCCCUCAGGCAGGACGCUCCAGGUCCCCUCAGACGGGACGCUCCAGGUCCUCUCACGGGGGACGCUCCAGGUCCCCUCAGACGGGACGCUCCAGGUCCAGGUCCCCUCAGACAGGACUCUUCUGGGGCCCGGGGCCUCCAGUCACUCCAGACCCUCCUCCAGCAAUAAGGCCGAGGCCAAGUCCAAGUCCUUAAGUCUGAGUCACAGAGGACUGCUCCAGGUCGAGGUCUGAGGUCAGAGUCCAGGACCUCUCAAACCUCACACCAAGUACCACCAAAGAUCUGGCUUUAAUGUACCAGGACUAAACCAAGUCUAAACCAGGUCUAAACCAGUACUAAACCAGGACUAAACCAGUACUAAACCAGGUCUAAACCAGGACUAAACCAGGACUAAACCAGGUCUAAACCAGGACUAAACCAGGACUAAACCAGGACUAAACCAGGUGGAAAAGUGUAUCUCAGGAGCUCAGGGACCCGUGUGGAAGUUCUUAGGAUCAUUACCUCAAGCUCGUGUUUUUGGAUGUUUUUUUUUUUUUGGAUGAAUCUGUGUGAAUCAUGUUUUACUCGUUUCUGUUUUUUUGUGUUUUUGUUUUUUUGUGUUUUUGUUU